CAUGACUUCAUCAGCAGCUAACACCAGGCGGACUCUUUCCGCCACUUCAAACAAUUUCUCAAAGUCUUCGCCGAGGGCCCACAGAAGCGAGAACGUUUGCACUCCAUCCUGGGUGGCAAACAAGACCUCGUUAUCCCCGCCACUCUGUUUAGCGGGUGGCCGUUGUAGGGACCUACCUGCACCAACAGGCGGCGUGCUUCCCUGGGUACCCGCCGCACGCACUGUGCAUGCGCGAAGAAUGCAUAAUGUGCACGUUAAAGUAAGGUUCCCACCAUCAGCCUCGCACACCCUUAUUUAAGAAACACCAGCUGGAGAUCACCCGUCGGUGGUAGCCUUGCAGACUUCACCAGACCGCUUUUUUACGCCCUUGUCUUAUUGGGCCACGGCUGGAUGUUCUUCAUCUGCUAUUUGUGUAUCUUCUUACUCUGAAGCAUGUCUUCAUCGCACCGAUCAGAGCAUGUUCUUGCCUCCCUUUGCUUGUCGUCGCCGCAGUCAUACAAAGUGAGAAGCCGUGUGAGACAAUCUAAAGAUCCGGAAGCAGGGGUCCAGUUGAGACACCUUCUUCCCGCCAAGAGAGUGCGGGGCGACUGGCUGGCGAGGAUGCUCGUGGCCUGUCACGUGAUCAGCAUGUGCAGGGCAUGCACACCGCAAAGCCCGUGCACGUCGUGCUCCGUGCUGGCCACCGUGGCUGACCACGCGGACUGCACGCGCUACUUCACCUGCAGCUUCGGGCGCAUCUACGCGCCGCAGCGGUGCAGCAAGGGCAUCUACUCACCUGUCUACGGCAUGUGCGUGGAGGGGGAUGCUGCCACGUGCCGGCGAGACGACCCGCCCUCUGUUAUUUCGCAACCAUCCCCACAGACUCUGGCACCGGACCACGGGAAAGGUCUUACAACCCGAAAGUCAGGUUUCGAUUUUGGGAGCACCAAACAGCCCCUUGCAGCACUCUCCGCAAAAAUCACGGGAAUCAAUUCAGGUCUGUGUGGUGUGCGAACCUCGCGCUACAUCGUCGGCGGCUCAGGCACCGAGCCUGGAGACUGGCCCUGGCAGGUGUCCUUAAGGUUCUACGAUCCCGGAAGUGCGAAGUCCUGGCACUUUUGCGGCGCAACCUUAGUGUCCAGCAGGUGGGCCAUGACAGCGGCCCACUGCGUGCUUAGACAUGCGCCUAGUAGUUUACAGAUCGUUGCUGGCGCUUCAGACUUACACACCACCGUCCCAGGAGAGAUCCACAUGCAGGUCAAGACAAUCAAAGUGCAUCCAGGCUACGUAGACUACGGGAACUUUCCCAACGACAUUGCGUUGAUAGAGUUAGCAGACGACAUCGCCUUCGACGGUUCCAACUUGGCGCGACCUGCCUGUCUACCUCAACAAAACGAGAAGAUGGUGGAGGAGACACCCGCCUCACCCCUCGAGAAUGACUCCAAGGGAUGCUGGGUCACCGGCUGGGGGUCAACACUGGGCACAGGUGCUCAGUUUCGGUUGAAGAAAAUCAAACAGAACAUCGUGGACCCGAAAGACUGCCGCUCGCAGUGGGCCAGCUACAUUCAGCCCUACCACGUCUGUGUCGGAGACGGCAGUAGCGGAGCCUGCAGGGGCGAUUCAGGCGGACCCCUUGUUUGCAGCAAGAAAGGUCGUUUCUUCCUGGUAGGCGUGGUGUCAUGGGGAGAGGACACCUGCCGACUGAAAGGUUAUCCAAACAUUGCAACGGGUGUCUCAUCCUAUCGUGACUGGAUUGAUUUUGUUGUGGCUUCUACAUAGGUACAAGAGGGGAAAGAAUUUUGUAAAUAAAUGUGCAGGAGCACUCCAUAUUCACUAUUCUUGCUUUUGCUCAUAAAUAUAUGAUCGAGAAAUGAAAUAAUAGAUCAAGGCAAAGCAAAAGCAAACAUCAGAAGCUAUUUUCAUAUACUUUUUCGGGUUUUUUUUUUUUUUGGUAGAAUGGUAACAUUGAUGGAAGAUUUAUAAGAAGCUUGUGGCAAGCUGGUUCUGUUAAAGCAAGCUGGAUUUGAUGGUGACUGAGAAAUGUGCACUACUCUGUACCUGCUCAUUCUAUUGAUCUGAUGCAGGAAUUUUUAAUGAGAAACAGUUUUGUUGUUUCUAUAAGAGAGCAGUAUUUCAUGAAUUAUGACAUAGUAUUACCAGAGUUUAUUCCCAUCCAUACCCUCCCCACACACCUCAUUUCACUACUUCAGAGUCUUUGAGAUGCUGAGCAACCUGCUGUGUAAGGGGGAACUUCCAAUGAGGUCAAGAAUCAAAUCAAAUCAAACUUUAUUGUCUGUCGAGGAACACAAGAAAGAAAUUUUCUUUUGGUCACAAACACAUAUAAUAUGAUGGGCGGGCAUACACACUCAUACAGACAUUUAACAUACAUGCGCACCUACACAUUCUCACAAACAAAUAGGUUUUGUCGCAGGUGCCAGUAGACCUACGAGUCCUCGUGUCUUUUAUUUAGGAUGGUGAUGGCUGCUGGCACGAAGAAGUAUUUUCUAUAUAUAAGAUGAAGUUUUUAGCAAACAUGAUAGUCUAAAGCAUUAAAAAAGAAUUGCCCAUGAUGAUGAAAAUCAAAAAUUCUAUGAAGGAAAUUAUACUUCAUUUUAUUUCAGACACUUAUGAUCAGGAACAGCAGCAGCUGUCACAUUUAAAUGAUUGCAAACAUCAGGCAUCCAAGCAAAAGGAAAACUAAACCCUAAUAAUAUAUGCAACUAACAAUGCUUUAUGCUCGUUGGUUCUAACACUUAUUGAACAUGCCAAGUAUUUCUUUACAUGAUUUUACAAGUAAACUGCCUCUGAUCACAAACAGAAUACAGUGUACAUCACACUUUAUAAAUGCAAUAGGCUCUACAUCACAUGCACUAAUAUCUAUAAAGGUAUACAAUCGGCAUAUAAUAAAGUACAGCUAAUGAUGCCAGCUAUCACAGAUUAUUCGCUUUUUCAGUUUUCAAUUUUACACUUUCAAGACAUUCUGCCUAUUUCUUACUCUAAUAAAACACACAUAUAUAUAUAUAGCUGUGUAGUGUAGCAGACUUGGGAGGGGGAGUGGAGGAAGAGAAAGGAGAAAGAAAUAAGCAUCAAACACACACUAUUUUCUAAUUCCCUUCUGAUCUCAUUAAGCUUUGAUAAUACUUUAAUUCGACCAACCAAAAACAAUCCUUAGAUCCUUAACCUUUUUUUUUUUUUUUUUGGUUUUUGUAUGCAUAGGGUUAAGGGAAUGUCUAAAUGCAGUUUUCUACAUUUUAAACAGGUCGGCAAGGUUUAUCACACCAAGUGCAUGUCAAAUUAGAGUUUAUUUUCAUUAGCACAACAGUAACUUAUUUCACUUUAUAGCUCAUGAGUAGCAAAAUUCUUAUUAUUAUUGUGACUAUCAGUGAUUUACUAAACUAGUUUUUGAUCAAAUACAGUGUCUUCAUGAAAUAAAUAUAAAAAGUAAAUCUACAUCAUCUAAGCCAAUAUGUAAUUUCUAAUUGUAGUUGCUACAUAUUUUGAAAGGUUUUCUCAGUUUUGAAAACAUUAGUAUUUUUAAAGUAUAGUAAGCAGGGCGUUUGACAAAAUUAUGUGGGACUUCUCCACACCUCUUGUUUGCAAGCCAGUUUUAUUUAGAAUGUCACAAAGCAUGACCAAUCUGUCAACAAACUACAAGAAAAUUUAACACAGACUAAUUGACUUAUGCUCAAGUGUCAUGCAUUAAAUACAUUAGCUAUUCAUAUUAGACAUGCAUCUAUUAAGACUUCUA